AUACGAGCGAGGGUUCUACUUCCGGUUAGUCACUGCCUUGACGAGGAACCCGGUUGCCUAGCGACCAGUGGAAGAGUAGCGUCGGCUAGCUGUGGUUAGCUAACUAGCGAAGUGGUUAGCUAACUAGCGAAGUGGUUAGCUAACUAGCGAAGUGGUUAGCUAGCUAGCGAAGUGGGUAGCUAACUAGCGAAGUGGUUAGCUAGCUAAAGAAGUGGUUAGCUAGCACAUGGGUUCUGUCCCGGGAUGAAAUGCCUCUCAGAAGAAGCGGAGCUCUGCAGCGGCUCCAGAGAGAAGGGGACGACAUCCGGAAGCAGGUGGACCGGCUGCUGAAGGACGUGCAAAGUCAGGCUGGAUCCACGGAGGAGGCGUCUCGCAGAUGUCGAGAGCUGCAGGUGUCAGCUGAGAAGACCCUGAGGACGCUGAGGACACUAACCAAGGAUGAUGAUCUGGCUCCUGUGGGAAACUACGCCCAGAGGAAACAGGAAGAAGAGACUCGGCUGCAGAACGAGCUGCAGCGGCUGGACUCGCUCUCGCUGCAGCUCUCACCUCCAGGACCCAGCACAGCCGCUGGUUAUUCUCCAAAGGAAGAAAGUGAUAACGACGACGAAGACAUUAAUAGUGAUGAUGAUGAUGAUGAUGACGAUAACAGUGAUGAGGAGGAAGAUGAGCAGCGAGCUGGGAAACCCCCCUCCCAGUCAGCCUCUCCCAACUACAGAGUCCUCAGUGAUUUCCAAGGAGAGCAGGAGGGAGAUCUGUCUGUUCAGAGCGGAGACGUGUUGAGGAUCAUCAGGAAGACGGCAGACGGAUGGUGGCUGGCUCAGGACGGGGGGGGCAACAGAGGAGUGGUUCCAAAGACCUACCUGAAGAUUGAUUCUGGUGUUGAUGACGACGAUGAUGAUGAAAAUGAGGAAGAGUCAUCAUCAGAGGAGGAAGAGCCAGAUGGUGAAGAUCUGACUGAUGACAAACAGAGUGGGGCUCCACAUUCAAACUGGUCCACUGUGAGGAAGGCUCUGACUGAGAUUGAUGCAACAGAUGUGCUCUCUGCCAUGGGGGCUAUACCUUCUGGAUUUAGACCUUCAACUCUCAAUAAAUUGCUGGUGGAGGAAGGUGUAACGUACAGAGGAAGUCAGCAUAUUCAGCCUGAUCUCAGCCAAUCACAGCUCUCCUUUAAGGACCUCUUCCUGGACCCAGACACCGGCAGGGUUCGUGCUCGGCAGGUCCGCACUUGUGUCUGUUUCACUUUGUGGAGCUGCAAGAUGAUUCCCACCCCGGGGGUCGGAGUCCAGGUCCUGAGCCGCCACAUACGCCUCUGUGCCUUCGAUGGAACUCAGGUGUUGAGUAACAUCCACACAGUUCGGGCCACUUACAACCACAAGAGCCCAAAGACCUGGAGCUUCUCCCCCCGGAUGACAGGUGUCCUCCCCGCCCUCCUGGAUGGAGACUGUUUCCUCCGCUGCAGCUCUGCGUCCCCGGACCUCGGGAUCCUCUUUGAACUGGGGGUCACUUUCAUACGGAAUUCGACGGGUGAGAGAGGAGAACUGAGCUGCGGCUGGUCGUUCCUCAAACUGAGCGACGACACGAGGAAUCCACUUCCCACCAGGACCUAUGAGCUGCCGGUGAACGGGGGGACUCCCUACGAGAAGGACGUGGCGAUGGAAGCUUCAGGCACCAGAGGAUCUCCAGCCGCCGGUGUCUUCCAGCAGAUGCUUCAGGCCAGACGGCAGCCGAGACUGAUCGUCAGGCUCAGAUCCACCAGCAGCCGGAUCAGGAAGCAGCUCAGUCUCCUCCCCGACACUCUGCUGCACUGUGAGAGCUGCGUCCACCUGCUGGCUCUGCACAGACAACUGUUAGCUGACACACUGCUGAUGGACAGGCCCACCAUGCAGGAUGCAGAUCUAAUCUGCAGUCCGGUUCUUUCUACAUUCCCUGUUCUGUUGGACCAGCUGGACCUGCUGGACGCUCUCAGGGGUGCGUGGCUGGAAACUGAGAUCAACAUGAGCCGAGCACAGAAGAGAGACUUGUCUUUCCUCAAGCAGGAGUUUGUGAAGGUCUACAUGUCGUCCGUCUACUUCCUGCUCCACUCGCCCUCGCUGCCCCCCCACCGCUGGGCCGACCCCCCCUCGGAGCAGCAGCGGGCCAGAGUCAUCUACUCCACCCUGGACUCCCUGAAACAGCAGCAGCACACCACGGGCCAAUCAGGAUGCCCGGAGGUGUACGUGGACCCCAUGCACCCCCACCUCGCCUUCGAUAUCACAGAGUUGACCUUUGACCUCCUCCAUGUAGCGAGGGGAUGAUUACAUCACUCAGGGGGAAAGUACAACAAUUGAUUGUAUGUUUAUGAAAUACUCUACAUUUUUUUAAUAAGGUGUCAGCUCGGUUUACUAACCCUUGAUGUGCCAUAAAUACAUUUAUGAAACAUGAAAACCUAAAGAUAAAGCUGCUAAUGUUUUUAUAUUUUUGUCUUUGUCAAUGAAUAUGAUUAGAAGACAAACUACGGUAGGAUUCUCCAUUUCUUAAUAAUUACUGUGGCUCUUCAUCAAAACUCUAAUUAUAUAAAAAUGAAUGAUCACGAAUAAAUACCUAAUUUCUUUACUUAAUCAAAAAGGGGCCAAUAAACCUGAGGAGCAGCUGGAAACAGAUGAUUCCUCAACACAAGUGAAUAUUAGAGAAUGUGUUCAGAGCUGAUGGUGACAGAACCAUGUGUGUGGGACUGACUCAGGAUCAGUAUAACUAAGGAACAUGUCCUAUAACCACACUUCUCCACAUGUCUAUUCUGUGACAGGAGAUGAAGUUCAGCUUUAAGAAAUGCUAGCACGACGCAAACUCAUUAAUAUACAAAACAUCCACAAAGACAUCUUUGUGCAGCAGCGUGAGAACUGAGAGGCUGAAGAGUCUGUUGAUAGAACGGUGGGAAAUGAAGGUUGAGCUAAUGAAGACAAAGGUCACAUUAUCAUUGUGUGUCUUAAAUCACAGUUACACACUUUGUGUGUCUGUACAAAUACAACCAGAGAUGAACAAGAAGCAUGUGUUCAUACUUUAUCAUAUUGUCUAAUAAAAUGAUCUUAGUCGAUAAUCAGA